CCUCCCUGCUCUCUGGGAUUUAGAGAGAGGGGUUGUUAGUCGGCGGCGGUAGGGCGGCAGCAGCAGCCCACAGCACCCAUGUUCAGUGGAGAGUCAGUGGAAGGUGCCCCCAGAUGACCGACGCAGACGUCUGGGAAUGACAGCCGCUGUCACCGAGAGUGACAGCUUUCGCUCUCUGUCGCCGCACCUUGACUAGCCUUGACUAGCCCCGGAGUGACGCGCUCUAUCAGUCGCACGCCAAAGAAGUGACACGGAGCCAGUCAGAACUAUGCCAGAGAUGGAGAAAGGGAGACCACCGGAAAACAAACGCAGUAGGAAACCCGCGCACCCCGUCAAGAGAGAGAUCAACCAAGAGAUGAAGACCUUUGCAGAGAGCACCAUGAAUGAGCUCCUAGGCUGGUACGGCUAUGACAAGUUGGAGCUCAGAGACUCCGAGGCCACCGAGAUACGGAACUACCCCAACCGUGAGAGACGCCAGCAGCACGUCUCAGUUCUUAAAGAAAACUCGGUGCCCAAAUCCAAGAGCCUAGACAGCCCCAUGACACUGGCCAUGAGGAGUGGAGAGAGAGAAUCAUCCAGAGUCCCCUCUUCCUCCCCCGGUUCCUCCUCUCUGACCAGCCCUAAGGAGCAAAAGAGUGCCCCCGUAAUUGUCCCGCUUAUAAAGCCAUCGGCAGUGGAAGACGUGCAGAAUGUGCAGAUAGUGUGUGUGUGGUGUCAGAAGGAAGGGGUGAAGCGCUACUCUCUCUGUAUGGGCACCGAGCUGAAGAGCUUCUGUAGUGAGAAGUGCUUCGCCGCCUGCCGACGGGCCUACUUCAAACGCAACAAGGCCCGGGAUGAGGACCUCCAUGUAGGGGAGAGGUCCCCCCAACACACCCCUGCUGAUAACUCACCACGACUCGUGCUGAACAGUGGAGGUGCCAGAUCUCUCUCGCCUGUACCGCAGGUGUGCAACUGGUGCAAGCACGUCCGCCACACCAAAGAGUACCUGGACUUUGGCGCCGGUGAGGAGCGGCUUCAGUUUUGCAGCACCAAGUGUCUGAACCAGUACAAGAUGGAUGUGUUCUACAGAGAGGCCAGGGCCACUCUCACCAGCUCCAGCCCAGGAAGACCAACCCAGGAGGGGAGACCCGAGUCCACCGGAGGGGUCCAGAACCAGAAGCUCCUGACCCCUGAAUCGUGGAGCAGCAAUGCUGGGGACGUGAGGGGGACGACCAGGUCGCCCAAAGGUCAGACGCCGAUCAAUGGUACAGCGGCACCAAGGACUGUGUCUCCAUCCGAGGCGUCAUCUUCGUCAUUGAAGGUUAACAUUUCAGGACUGAGGCACCUGGAGAGGCACGUCCUGCCACCACCCGCGCAGGUAACGAGCCACCACCCCGCCCCUCCCCCUCCUCACCCCCCCAUGGAGCACCACAAGGCCAUGCCUCAGAUCCCGCUGCCCUUCAUCCGGCCCCCUCUCCACGCCCAGGGCCUGAAGAGCCCCCUGGCCAACCCCCCCAGGGGCCACCCUGGCCCCCCUUCCAGCCCCAUCCACCAGCCUCCCCCUCACUCCCCCCAUCACCCCCACCAACCCCACCUUCAGCCCCCAUCGGCCACCUCCAUGAACCCACCCGGAAUACACCCCUACCCGGGGGCCUACUUCCCAGGCUUGCACUCCCCCCCUAUCAACAUGAUGGGGCUCCGUGGCCCAGUGCCCAUGCUCCCUAUGAUGAACUUCGGGGGAUGGUCGUCUUUAGGCCCCUUCUUCCCCCAGCCCACGGUCCUGGUGCCCUACCCCAUCAUUGUACCAAUCCCAGUCCCCAUCCCCAUCCCUAUCCCAAUACCCAUACCCCCUAAAUCUGCUCCUCCAGAAGCCCCAGGGGUCCCCCACAGUGGGGUUAUCCAGCCCGUGCCGGAGGGGAUAGAGGGGGGACGCUCCAGGGGUGUCAAUUUGCCUUCUCCCAAGAGCUUGGCGGCCAACAGAUUGGGUAGAACCACCAACCAGGGUCUCCCCUCACCCUCAGACCAACCCAGAAGGGACAUCACAGAUUGGGUGAAGUCGGAGAGGCAGGCUCAGUCACCCAUGUCGAUCCCUCACAAUGCAGUGUCCUCCCCCAGGGCUCGCUACGAUGCUUCCCCAUCUUCCAACUCAGUGAUUGAGGGACUGUCAGACUUUAAGCUGAGCCAGCAGCAGCAGCCAGAGAGGCAGGUCAUCCAGAGAGUGCUCCAGAGGACCCCGGUCAAGCUGGAGCCCAACCCCCACGGAGUGGUGAACCUGUCGGGUCCGGGUGAGCCCGGAAUGGGGCAAGGCACCAGGCUGGUGGAUACCAGAGUGGACCACCACAACCACCACCAUGACAUUAUCAAACCCACCCCUCCACUAACCCAGUCACCCCCUCUUCUGCACAACACCGCCUACCCCCAGAGCCCUAACAUACGACCCCCCUCAGACACCCCACCAACUCCCAGAGGGGAAUGCAGCAGCCCUCCCUGCGAUACCGCCACCCCCUCCCCCUCAACACUCCCAGACGUCCCCAAACAAACAACACCGUCAUCAUCCCCCGACCCUCCUCCCAGCCCAGACUCCUCCCAGUCUCAGAGAGAGGCCCCGCCUCUUGGUCCUGACGCCGCCCUCAGUGAGCUGGAGGCAGUCAAAGAGAACAGCUGCUCCAAUGGCCAGGUCCAGGUUCCAUCCCUCCUCACCAGCCAAUCAGAGGGGCCCUCGGCCGCUGGCGACUCCGAGGACCCCCACGUCCCAGAUGAGGACCAUGCCUAUGCCCUGCCCACCCCCAACCUUACACCCACCAGAACGGGCGGUGCCCCCACCAACACCCCCAACACUCUCCUCCUGCCCAAGCUUAGGGACAAGGGUGUUCUACUAUGCCCACCGAGUGUGGCUGGGCCUGGGGACAUGGAGCCUGCUCUGAAGAGACGGUGCCUCCGCAUCCGAGAUCAGAUCAAGUAGGGAAGGGAGGCUCACUGUACAGCGGUACCAGAUCCAGUGCCCCGCCCUCUUGGGUACAUCACCAGCACCAACGCCCUCCCUCCAACCCAUUACACAGCCACCUGGGAGAUCAACUCCAACCUUCUUCUGACCACGACGUGCCAAUCAAGGAAGCAGUCCAAUGGGAGAAGCAGUCCAAUGGGAGAAGCAGUCCAAGAGCUCAAUGUUGACUUCCAGUACAUUCACAGCACAAGAGUGUGUGUAUGUUUGUGUGUGUGUGUCUAUGCACGCCGUUAGGUACCUUUAUGUGGCAUUUCUGGACCUUUCCAAGGGACAGACAAUUCCAUCUCUGAUCUCUCCCAUAGUCCAGGAGCCUAUGAAGCCAGCCCAAAGAGCCCACUCAGCCCAGUUCCAAUCCUCAGCCAUAGUCAGGGGCUCUACACUGCACUAGAUGGUAGGCUGCUAGGCUACGAUCAGCAGCCUUGUGUGGUCUUCUCCAAUAGAGACUGAACCUGAUCUCUUUCCUGGGGAAAUGGUUUGUUUUCUCUGCUCGGCUCCACACAAAGAGCCACAUUGUUCCUCUCCCCCAUAUCCCACACUGACUCUCCUACUCUGGUUUUGGGUUACCUGGCUAACAGGGGCUCAGGCUUCAGGAGGAGUUUGUCUUUUUAAAUUGUUCUGUCUGACGGAGGGCCAGGAAUAUGUGUGUACCCUUCUCCUUCUUUCCUGUCCUUUCCACCCCGCAGUCCCCUCUCCAAUGGUACACACACUAGUCCUAAAGUGUGACUCUGACACCAAUUGCUUGUUAAUGUCCUCUUCCCCUCCUAUUUCCCCCCUCUAUGGACGAGCGGACGAGGAUCAGUUCAGCACAUUAUUCUCUGGUGGUUUUCUGUUUGAAAGAGGGAUGGAGAACCUUGGGGCAAUGAAAAAUGACAAAAUAAUUAACUGUAAACUAUGUAAUAUGAUAAUGAAAGAGAGUCCCAUAUAUCAUGAAAUCCACUAUUUGUGACUUGCCUGAGACCGGAAGACUUGUGUCAGCUCCCCAAAACUAAUGCCUAGGUUUUGGCUCGAAGGGCUAACACAGUCUUGUGGUGCGCCGGAGACCCAGCUUUCGAACCCAGUCAUUUGAUUUACAACACUGACUCGGCCAUGGAACAGAGGUAGAUCAUUUCAGUGUCCAAACCUACUCACUCUGUUGACGCUCUUUAUCUUACUCAGAUGACUCCUUUUGGUGGGUUUGGGCAGUCAUGUUACCAGCCAUGGUAUUAUUUUGAACUGUCAAAGGCUGCAAAAAAGCAGCUAUCAGUAUUACAGUUUCCCCUAGUCUGGGGGUUUAUAAUGAUGAUACUAACUAUAAGCCUGGUCCCAGAUCUGUUCAUGCUGUCUUGCCCACUCUUCUGGUCAUUGUCAUGCCAAACAGCACAAACAGAUCUGGAAUUAGCCUGAAAACGAUCUAGUGGGAGCAUCAUCAUCUGGAGGCCUUGCCAACACUCAUCGUCACAUUGUGAGAAUUCACUUUUAGUUUUUGCUUUACAUAGACUUUAUAAUAAUUUAUGAAUGAUGCCUUCAUAGAUCUCCAGAAAGUGCUUUAUGGAUUUUUAUUUCGAUCCUGAUUAUUAUACUGUAUUUGUUUGCGAGUGCCGAAGCUCUUACCAGUGUCCAAAUGUUUUGUUUGAAUUUGUCCACUAGAGUGCAGUGUCUGUCUAUGGAACAUAGCAACUACCUGUCUCAUAUACCUUAUAUAAAUAGAGUUUUCAAUAGCGUACACAAUUGUUCAUUCAACCAUACAUUUACUGCCAAUUAUAAGUCUUGUCUUUUUUCACGACAGCCCAGUUUCAACAAUGCCUCGAUCUAUGCCUCGAUCCAGCCACAGAACAUCACCUAUUGCCAUCACUAUAGCCAAAGUAGAACAUUGCCACAACCAUAGAAAUACAAUUCAUAGAAGGAUGUCCCCAUUCAAGUCAAUGAGGCCAUAAUGGGUCAUUCUAUUUCUAUGGCCACAACAACAUUGCCAAGUCAUUGGCUGGAAAGCAGACUCCUUGCUGCGGGGGAGUGACCACACUGGCUUUCCAGCGUCUUUCUAUAGUCAUGACCUCGAAUAGCCUCCUGACCCACACUCCCCUCUCUCGCACACCCACACAAACACGCACACACAUGCCUCUGCAAUCUCAAAACUGCAUUCCAAAAAGCACGUCAAUCAGCAUGUGUAACCAUGGUGAAAAGUAGCUAAUUCCAGUCAACAUGCUCACCGUAGGUUAUACCCUGUAGUGUCAUUGUAAUCUUAGUCUGACCAAGGGACUGUGUCAACAACUAGUAUAUGAGUCAGUGGUGACGUAACUUGGCAUCUCUAUACUAUCAGUCUUGUGAUAUCGGGGAUACUCCCCUAGCCAUACCUUUAGUGCAGUGUUCCCCAACCCUGGUCCUCCAGGACCCCCAACACUACACAGUUUAGUUGUAGACCUUGACAAACACACCUCAUUCAAGUCAUUGAGGGCUUGAUGAUUAGUUGACAAAUGAAUAAGGUGUUCUUGUCCGAGGUUACAAUACAAAUGUGUGCUGUUGGGGGUGUUGGGAAACACUGCUUUAGUGGCCAAGAAGUGAACAAAAAACUGCCAUGGUAUAUUACACAUCUGCCUAUAGUAACUAACUCAAACUCUAACCCUAUAGUAUACUACACCUACCAUCACUGUCCCUCACCUGUUUAUUCAAGACUUUGGGGGAAAAUUUGGAAGAACAAAAAAAAAUGCCAAGUUGUCUGAAACCCAUAGAUUGUGGACUCGGGACACUCAUUGAACAUGUAAGGCACCGUAUAAUUGACAAUUCACAGAUUGUUUGUAUUUAGGCCUAAAUUAAUAGGAUCAACUGGGAGCUGUUUGGUGGAGACCUAUUUGUAAAGUGAAUAAAGGCUAUUCUGAGAACAACAACA